CACUUUAGGGCUUGUUUGCUUUAAUGUACAGUGUUCAGUUUGGAGCCCAAAAAUUAAUGGGUCUUCCUUCUCUCUCUCUCAGCCCAACAUACGAUGUACAUUUGCUUUUCUUUAGCGGCGCAACUCAGCAACGCCCCAACUCCCCGCCAUGAACGAAGAGAAAGAGCUAGCCAACGUUUCGAGUCAUUCAGUAGACCCGGCACCAACGUCUCCGUCCUCUUCCCUCCAUCGUCUGCCUCCAAAGCGCCUCCAUGACGACCACCACUGCUCACUGUUCUAUGAAUCCGGAACGCUACUCCAAAACCCUAAAAAAGCAAAGAAAUCACCCCAAUGUGAUCCGCUUUAUCCAUUACCAAUCCUACCCCAUGAAAUCCUCGUGGAAAUUCUCUCUUGGUUGCCUGUUAGAACUCUAAUUCAAUUCAGGUGUGUUUCCAAAUCAUUCAAAUCCCUGAUUUCAGAUCACGAGUUUAUCAAAACCCAUCUUAGAAAAAUCAAAUCUUUCUCAGGAAACAAGCCCAAUCUCUAUCAAAGAAUUGUUUUCACGUAUGGUGAUCUUUCACUUAAUCUCCUAAAAUCUUGCUCACUGUACUCCAUCUUUAAUAAUUCACAAACUGAUGCUGCUGAGCUUGACCAUUAUUCAUUAGAGGAUAGGCAUAGGCAUCAUGUUUAUGAUUGGCUUGUUGGGUCUCUGGAUGGAGUACUAUGUGUGGCUGUGAAGCAAAAUUUUGUGGCUUUAUGGAAUCCAUCUACUGGGGUUUUUAAUAGAAUGCCUGAUUUAGGUUUUGGAAAGAAGUCAGGGAGCUAUACUGUGUUUGGGUUUGGUUAUGAUAGGGAAAUUGAUGAUUAUAAGGUGGUAGCUGUGUUCUGCUUUCAAAGUAGUGGAGUUAAUGGAGCUAUUGGAUACAAUACUAGAGUUAAAGUGUGUAGUCGGUUGACCGAAAGUUGGAAGAGUAUUGAGGGUUUCAGAUAUGGAGUUCCUUAUGAUGUCUCGGGCAAAUAUGUCAAUGGAAGUCUAAGUUGGCCAGUGAUGUGUGAAAGGGACUCGGUGUUAACGUGGAUUAUUGUUUCCUUUGAUUUAGCAAAGGAGACAUACAAGGAGAUUGUGCAACCUAACUAUGGGGAACCUGGUUAUGCUAGGUCAUUGGGAGUUUUGGAUGGAUGUCUUUGUGUAAUGUGUAAUUACAGUGCAGUUCGUGCUGAUAUUUGGGUCAUGAAGGAGUAUGGAGUGAGAGAAUCUUGGACCAAGUUGGUUAGUAUACCAUAUUUGAUUGAGCCUGAGAUUGGGCAUUUGCAGUAUUCAGUGCCUUACUUCAUUUCUGAUAAUGGUGAAAUUUUGCUGGAGUUGAAUUCCCGUUUAGCGAUUUACAAUCCCAAAGAUGGCACAUUUAGGUAUCCUGUGACAAAUGGUUCUGGCAAUUGGGUUGAUGCAGAACUUUACAUUGAGAGCCUGGUCUCACCCAAAAUUGAGAAUUAGAAGGUAGACUGAAAAACCUUUUGUCAUGCACCUUCUUUGUAAACUUCACUGCCUAAUCCUUUCUGUUUUUCUCUUGUAAAUAUCUCUCUGUUGCACUUAUGGAUAAGGAAUAGUGGAGUUCAAUUCACAAAUGUUGUUUGCUGGGAAGUUGAUUGUUUACUUUCUGUGUCUUCCUCUACUUGGAAAAUUCUCAAUUUGAAGGAAAAUUAAUGAUUUGGCCUGCUGAUAAUACUAAUGGAGUUAAGUGAAUUUCAUGGGAAUUUUAUAAA